AUGAAGCUGGCCCGGCUCCUGCUGCUGCUGAGCGGGUGCGCGCUGCUGCUGGCCCCGGCGGUGCGGGGGUGCGGGCCGGGCCGAGUGGUGGGCAGUCGGCGGCGGCCCCCCAGGAAGCUCAUCCCGCUGGCUUACAAGCAGUUCAGCCCCAACGUGCCGGAGAAAACCCUGGGCGCCAGCGGCAGGUACGAGGGCAAGAUCGCCCGGAACUCGGAGCGCUUCAAGGAGCUGACCCCCAACUACAACCCCGACAUCAUCUUCAAGGACGAGGAGAACACGGGAGCCGACCGCCUCAUGACCCAGCGCUGCAAGGACCGCCUGAACUCCCUGGCCAUCUCGGUGAUGAACCAGUGGCCGGGCGUGAAGCUGCGGGUGACAGAGGGCUGGGACGAGGACGGGCACCAUUCGGAGGAGUCGCUGCACUACGAGGGCCGAGCCGUGGACAUCACCACCUCCGACCGGGACCGCAACAAGUACGGCCUGCUGGCGCGUCUGGCCGUGGAGGCCGGCUUCGACUGGGUCUACUACGAGUCCAAGGCCCACAUCCACUGCUCCGUCAAGUCAGAGCAUUCGGCAGCAGCGAAGACGGGCGGCUGCUUCCCUGCCCGGGCCCUGGCGACGCUGGAGGGUGGGGUGAGGACUCCCCUGUGGGCGCUGCGCCCGGGACAGCGGGUGCUGGCUAUGGACGAGCAGGGCCGGGCCACCUACAGCGACUUCCUGGCCUUCCUGGACAAGGAGGCGUCGGCGCCGACCACUUUCUAUGUGAUCGAGACCCGGGAGCCGCCACGUCGCCUGGCCCUGACCCCUGCCCACCUGCUCUUCGUGGGUGAGAACUCCACGGCGCCCGCUGCCCGCUUCCAGGCCACCUUCGCCAGCCACGUGCGGCCCGGUCACUACGUGCUGGUGGCAGCGGUGGGGACGAGCCUGCGGCCGGCCAGGGUGGUGGAUGUCUCCACCCAGACAGACUUCGGGGCCUAUGCCCCCCUCACCCGCCACGGGACCCUGGUGGUGGACGACGUGGUGGCCUCCUGCUUCGCCCUGGUGCAGGAGCAGUGGCUGGCGCAGCUGGCGUUCUGGCCGCUCCGGCUCUACCACAGCCUGGCGGGCGGGCACAGGACCCAGCCGGAGGGCGUGCACUGGUACUCGGGGCUGCUGUACCGCGUGGGCCGGCUGCUGCUGGCCCCGGAGAGCUUCCACCCGCUGGGAACGGCCCAGUUCGAGAGCUGAGGGCUGCCAGGGAGCGGAGGGGUGGCCGUUGGGCCGCUCUG